CGCUCACGAAAUAGAAUUUUGGCACAGACUCCCGGGACUCCUCUCAGUCGGUGUUCAGCGUUCCCGAAAUGAGCGGCCCCUUCAAACGGCGGCCUUCCCUUAAGGCGCUCCCCAACGUGGGGUUGGUCAAGGCGGCCAACAUCCAGCGCAGGCAGUCGGCCGUCAACCUAAAGCCCGUUAGUAUUUCCCAGCAGGAGGUGCCAUGGGACGUCCUGGACAGGUGCUUGCUGCCGGUGGUGUUCUGCCACGCCGCCGCCAUCGUCAUCAGUACCAUGCUCAACACCCUCCACAUAUCGCAGGUGUCCACCUUGACGCUGUUCAUCUUCUUCGCCAUCACGACGAUAGCGGCGGUUCUGUUCUACCACAAUCUUAAGGUGACUGCAGCAGGAAAAGCUGUCCUGAUAACGGGCUGCGACUCCCGCAUCGGCAACGCCCUCGCCCGCCAUCUGGACGAACAAGGAUUCACGGUGUUCGCAGGAUUCCAGAACGCUAACGACAACCCCAUCGCCGAGGAACUGAAGGAAGAGUGCUCGGGCCGGUUGCACGUCCUGCAGCUAGAUGUCUCCUCCGAGACCCAGAUCCUGGCGGCGUCCCUGUACGCGGUCGAACAUCUUCCCGACGGAGCGCCAGGAUUAUGGGCCGUUAUUCAUGCUACGUCGUGGGUCGCCCUGGGAGAGAUCGAGUGGAUACCGCCACAGGUCAUUAAAAAAGCCACCGAAAUCAACCUCCUCGGCCCCACCCGAGUGACCCAAGUCAUGCUCCCCCUCAUCCGCCGAGCCCGCGGCCGCGUCAUCAUGAUGACCUCCGGCCUCUGCAAAGUGGCCUCCCCCGUCCGCGGCAUCCACUGCGGCCUCCUCGCCGCCAUCGAGGCCCAAGCCGAGUGCCUGCGCAAGGAGCUGAGAAGCCGCUGCGUGGACGUCGUCGUCGUGGCACCUGGGGAAUUCACCGCCGGCAACUCGUGGCUGUCCGAUCAGGUUAUCCUGGAGCAGGCGAGGGACAUGUGGGCGCAGCUGUGUCAAGAGCAGAGGAUCGAAUACGGAAAGGACUACUUCGAGACCGCGGUUAGGAGUUUGGAAACCAAAUACGUGAAAUGUCAGGACGCCGAUUUAUCUCCUGUUCUGCGAGCGCUCAACGACGCCGUCAUCCGCACCUUCCCGCUCCCGAGAUACACCCCCGUCACCCACCGAGAGAAGAUUCAGGCCUUCAUCGCCGACCACUUCCCGGGCGCCUUCUAUGACGUCAUCUACUCCUGAAGGGGAGGAGCGGGCGGUUUUGUUGUGGUGUUGUGUGCGGGGACGUCGCAGCCCGGGGCUGCGAAGUAGUAAGGCGGAAUUUUGAGGUAGUCAAAGUUUCGGCUUAGUUUAGGGCGGGGAGUGACCACUUCUAUUCCUUAUCUAUGCUAUGUUAUGUAACGCGAACUAUUGUUUAAGGUUUCUUUUCUAUGUAGACGUACUGUUGCGAGUUGUUAAGUACUUUCUGCAAGUGACGUAGGAAAUUUCGUGGCCGAGCCUAAAUUGUUUCUGUAGAUGCCUCUCUUGACAAUAAUGUGCUGGACUGUGAGAAUAAUACAGAUGUAAGAAAACUGGAUAUUUACUUACUGGACAAUAAAUUUCACUAAAAUCAAA